AUGUCUUCAGCAAGACUCGUCCUCAGAUCCGUUCGCGCCGCCCCUCGCGUUGUGCGUCCUUUCAGCUCGGCUGCUGGUCGCUUCAGUGCCGCUCGCCCCAAUGAUACCGUCGAAGAAUACCGCAAGCAUCAGAUGGAGAGGCCUGUCAACCCCCACUUGACCAAUACUACCUCAACUAUUGCCAAUGAGAUGCCCAGCGUCGGCAAGGAUAACGCNCCUCCUGAGUUGAUCACCAAAGCCGACCCCGACUUUGCUGCCAAGGACUCUAUUCCUGAGAACACCGAGAGAAUGACUGGCGGCACUCAGUCGGGCAAGCCUGAGUCCGGCGUCAAUGCCGAUCUUGAAGUAGGUGAACUCGAGGGAGGUUCCUUCCGUGUCGAGCCCUUGAGGAGGACAGGCGAGGACACCAACACCACUAGGGCUAGACUNCUUAUGAAAAGAGGCACACUAGAGAGUGACCUCCUCAUGUCCACCUUCGCCGAUCGCUACCUCGAAACCAUGACACCCAAGCAACUUCAACAAUACGACCUUUUCCUCGACGAGAAUGACUGGGAUAUCUACUACUGGGCCACACAGGAGCCUACACCUACUUCCAUGGAAUACGCCGAAGGAGGUAGUGCCGAGCAGGCUACUCCUGCAGCUCAGGGCAAGCCCGCCAAAGAUGAACAUGUUCGCCCUCCUGGCACUGGCGAGUGGGCUCAAACCGUCGGUCUCUUCAAGCCCGCCUAUCGCCCUGUUCCCCAGCGUUGGAAGAACUCCGAAAUCUUGGCCAUGUUGAGACAGCAUGUCAAGGACCGUAGUGCUGGAGGUGUUCUCGAAGGCGACAAGUCUGGCGAGGCGGAACCGGACAGCAAGAGUGGUCAAGGUAUGGCAUUCAUGCCCGAGCUCAAGAACCUCGACAAAUAA